AUGACAAUGGUAAUAACAAUAACGAUAAAUGAUAUCGAUAAUGGAACAGAUUAAAGAAAAAUGAAAAACUGCGCAAAUGAGGAAAGAGAACGCGAAGAUAGAAUGAAAGAAUCGGAGAAAAAGUGAAAGUGAGAAUGAGAGAGAGAGAGCGAGAAAAAGUUUAUCGAAAGACAGAAAGAGUGUGUGUUUAAGCUAGAUGAUUGUCUAUAGUAUAAACGAAGGCGUACGUUAGGUAGCCUUGAUGCUAUUUAAACAGACUUAAUUAAUGUAUUGCAAAUGAAUUAAUAAAGUGUAAGCGAAGCGUGUAUCUGUACAGUGAAAUCUUUUCUCUCAAUUAUUUCAAAUAUUAUUAGUUCAUAUUUUUGCUUUAAAUGUUUCAUUUUGAACUUUUUACUUUUUAUACCUACUAACUUUAGUUAGUAAUACGCAUUUGUAUUUCCCGCGAUUGCCAUAUAUCGAGUUUCUCACUCGAGAUUUAUCUUCAUCACGUCGUUCAGCAUGAAUGAAAGUUCAUAGUACACACACACAUAUAUAUCGCAUAUUAUAUGCGUAGUAUCUACCAUUCUUAUCGGUAGAGAGGUUAGAAAACGUUUUAAAGUACUUAAUAUUUUUUUGUUUUGUACUAUUUGCCGUAUUUUGUAUAUCAAUUUUUUAAGCAGCAUGCGAUGACGACUUUCAAUCAUCUUCGAAGAUCUGCCAGUAAGUCAAUUUUUAAUAGCAUUUAAUUCCGUUGGAAUUCGUAGACUACGAAUACAUAGAAAUGUCAAUAAAUGCCAACUAAAAUUAACAAAACAAAAAACAAAUCUUGUCAUCAUUUUCGUAUACACAUGUCUUACUCUGAAUGAUUUCACAGAAUUAUUGAAUGAUUAAUUAAUCAUUAGUUAACUAAUGAUCUUGAGACAUUAGUUAACGUAAUUCCGCGUUUUGCAACUUGCAUACAUGAAAUUAAUAAAUAGGACGAUAAAGUAUGUAAAUGAUAGAUUAGUAAUUCAAUAUUUAUUAAAAGAUUCAAAAUGAAAUAUUAGUUUUUUCAGAUAUAUCUACAAUAUUUUUUAUUUUAAUGUUCUUGAAAAAUCAAUUAUUUAAUUUGCACCUUGUAUCUUUUUCAGAAGCUGUGCAAUUUCUACAACCACACAAGUACAGUGUUUACAAUAAUCUUAGGUUAUUCUUACGAAAUGAAUCGAGCUUCGUACCGAAACGAGUGCUUAUUGUGGCAAAACUGUCACGAUAUCAUUUUGAAAAAUUACGAGAACCAAACUUGAAUGACGAACAAUUGAAAUUAAAAUUACUGGAAAGAGGAUCUGAUUAUGAUACAAUGAUAGCUAGUCAUAUGGCAACCAAAUAUGUAAAAAAUCAAGUAAUCGAAGUUUUGAAGAAAAUGAAUAUAGAAUAUAAAAUAAUAAAUAGGCAAAAUCUAGACAGCUCAAAUUUUAGUUGGGCUGAUCUAAUUCUUCCUAUUGGCGGGGAUGGCACGUUUCUAUUGGCAUCAAAUAUGAUAUUUGACAACAAGAAACCAAUAAUUGGUAUUAAUUCGUUUCCGGAAAGGUCUGAAGGAUAUCUUAUGUUACCAUCGAAAUAUACAACAAGGAUACCAGAAAUUUUUGAAAUGUUAAAAGCUGGUCACUAUGACGUAGUCAUGAGACGAAGAAUUCGUACUACGAUAAAGGGAGAUAAUAUUUGGGAGUCUCCUUUCCAUUCACAUGAAAAGGGUCGCGUUGUAGGUGAAGAAAAGUAUUUAUAGCAGAAGUACUUUCUGCUAGAACAAGUACCUUACUUAUAAAUGUGAAUAAUGAAGAAAAAUAUCAUUUGGUGAAAAGUUCUGGCUUGUGUGUUAGCACAGGAACAGGAUCAACAUCUUGGUAUAGAUCUAUAAAUAGUGUUAGUCCACAAGUAGUAAAAGAAAUACUGAGGCUUUUAAAUAAGAGAGAAUUUAGUAAUGAAGAGAUUGAACAAAUCUGUUCUACUUUCAAUGCUACCUUAUCUUUUCAUGCUGAGGAAUUAAAAUUAUGUUAUACUAUAAGAGAUCUAAUAGUGACUGACAUAUGGCCUACGCCAAAAUGUCUACAUCCCCGUGGAUUUUGUAAUAAACUAACAGUAGUAUCGAACUGUUAUGAUGCUGGAAUAGUUCUUGAUGGAGGUAUAGCUGUGCCAUUUAAUUUUGGAACUACUGCAAUAUUGGAGACUCAUCCUGAAGAUUCUUUACGAGCGUUAACUCUUCCAGAAUGAUAAGAAUUUAUUUCGAAUAAAAAUCUAAUUCAUAUAGUUUAAGAAAUUGGGAAAUAGUUUAAAUAGUUUUGAUUUAUUAAAGAUUAAAUGCAGUAUGUAAGUUCUACAUUUGUAUCUCAGAAUAUUUUGGAAUUUUAUAAAAUGCAUUUAAUUUGAUAUUCAUAUUGUGUACAGUUAAAGAUUAGUACUGGUGUGAUCCAUUUUCCAAUGAAUAGUAAUAAAGUCAAUGUAAUAAUAUAUAUGUAAUAUAAGAAAAUUUUUAUGAAAUUGUAUUUCAUAAGAACAAAGGAAU